UGACUGAGACGGAGCGCGCGGGCUGGCAGCAGGCUGGAGGAACGGAGCGGAGCGUAGCGCAGCGGAGAGGGGCGUCCUGACAGCAGCGGAGCAGAAGAAGAACCUGUUCACCAACUUCUCACCAGUUUCACUGCUCUUUGCUUUAAGAUUUACUUUCUUUCUUUUUUUCCUUUUCUUUUUCUUUUUUUCUUUUAUUUUUUUUUUAAAGUUUGUGUAUUUUGUUGUGUGGAGCGCACCGGGGGAGGAGACCAUCACUUCAUCCUCACCAUCACCACUGCUCUUGAGGGAGAAGUUUUGCGCUGGCGAUGGCUGGGUCGUACUGCAAGAGUUUGUACCCGUUCACGGGGGAGCAGCACCAACAGGGACUGAGCUUCGAGGCCGGGGAGAUGAUCAAGGUGGUCCAGGCUCUGCCCGGAGGCUGGUGGGAGGGGGAGAAGGAUGGAGCCAGGGGAUGGUUCCCCUCAAGUUACGUCCAGGUCCUGGAGAGAACAGCAUCUUUGAGUCAGCUUCCCGUUGAGGACCUGAAAGAGCCCCUGCCUCCUCACUGGAGAUGCUACAUGUCUCCACAAGGGCGGCGGUAUUACGUUAACACCACAAAUAACGAGACAACAUGGGAGAGGCCGUCCAGCGCGCCAGGGACCCCCAAGAACUCCUUCCGACACAAGAACUCCUUGCCGGCAGUGAAUGGAUUUCACUCAGGUGGCAGUCCCUUGCAUCAUGUGGAGCAUUCGCACAACAGUCUGGUUAGAAAGAGCAGCGCAGAGCCCCAGAGCCCGGGAUCGACGUCGCCCACCAGGAAACAGAGCAAGGAGACCACGGUCACGAUUAACUCUGUGACGUUCCCGUCGCCUGCCUACAUGUCUGAGCAACAGCUGCUGAAACCAAGCGAAUGGAGCUACUGCGACUACUUCUGGACUGAUAAGAAGGAUCCCCAGGGCAACGGCUACAUCACAGGGUUUGAGGUUUUGCUGCAGAAACAGCUGAAGGGGAAACAGAUGCAGAAAGAGAUGGCCGAGUUCGUACGAGAAAGGAUAAAGAUAGAAGAGGAGUACGCCAAGAAUCUCUCCAAGCUCUCCCAGAUCCCUCUAGCAGGCCAUGAAGAAGGCACUCUGGGGGAGGCCUGGGCCCAGCUGAAGAAGAGCCUGGCAGAUGAAGCUGAAGUUCACCUAAAGUUCUCCUCUAAGCUCCAGAGUGAAGUGGAGAAGCCAUUGCUGACAUUCCGGGAGAACUUUAAGAAGGACAUGAAGAGGUUCGACCACCACAUCGCCGACCUGCGGAAGCAGCUGGUUGGGCGCUAUGCAGCUGUGGAGAAGGCCCGUAAAGCUCUGGCUGACAGGCAGAAAGAGCUGGAGUUAAAGACUCAGCAACUGGAGAUCAAACUCAGCAACAAGAUUGAGGAGGACAUCAAGAAGGCCCGCAGGAAAUCCACGCAAGCAGGAGAUGAUCUGAUGCGCUGUGUCGACCUUUAUAACCAGUCCCAGUCCAAAUGGUUUGAGGAGAUCGUCACCACAAGCCUGGAGCUGGAGCGACUGGAGGUGGAGCGGGUGGAGAUGAUCAGGCAGCAUCUUUGCCAGUACACCACCCUUCGGCACGAGACAGACAUGUUCAACCAAAGUACAAUGGAGCCCGUGGACCAGCUCCUGCAGUGCGUUGACCCGAUCAAAGACAGAGAGCUGUGGGUGCGAGACAAUAAGACUGGAGAGAUCCGGCCAGUGAACAUUGAGAUCUGACCUCGUGCUGUCUGACAAGCUCACAUCCUGGCACAGAGACCCAGAGGCUACAAGUCUGAGGACAUGGCUGUGAGACGAACUCUAUGCUGGGAUCAUUGCCCCCUCUCCCCAUACCACACAAUGAUCCUAACAGACUAAUGGACAUAGAGAUCACUUCGUCUUCAAGUCCCAACAGCCACCUGCUGAGGAUGAUGUCAGUAUUCCAGGGAGUUUUUGAGAGAACCCUAAGGGUCGAAGGGAGGUAACUGGUCGUGGGUUUGUGUCAUGGAGGUGGAUGCUCAGCACGAAAAAAUGGGAACUGUGAGUGUGAAUUCCUUAUUAAAGGAUACUCAGGUGAGGCGAAUGUUUAAGAAGCACCAAUAAUGAACAGGGGACAGUGUUGAAUAGCUUUAUGUCACGCAGCAGUGUAAUACUAAUACUUAAGUACUGCGAUGAUUUAACAGGUGCUGCUAAGCAAAAUGCAUUCAGAUUUAAGGGCGUUGCUGUUACUGUGUACCAGAAUGAGGAUAAAGAACUUUAAUACUAAUAUCUACCCUGUGCAGGUGUUGACUGUUUGCUAAGCCCCAUAUCCUUUAGCUACUGUUGCUAUACUUGUCAGGCUUUUCAGUCUUGGGAUAUACUGUAUGUAAUGUAAUUUCCAAUGCAAUAGUGACAUUUUCACCAUUUAAAAUGACAGUGAAUUAAAAUUCAUUGACAACAAGCUUCAUUGUAACACACAACUGGCAUACACGACCACUCUCUGUAAAUAAAGUCUACGUUCAGGUUAGCUACUUUAUUGGUUGUGGUUAGCUGACCUAAUUUAGACUCUAGAUGACUUUUUAGCAUCUCCAAUUGAUUUUAAAAAGGAAAAAAAAAGAAAAGAAAA